AUGGCUGCUACUAUUAUAAAACUCUUCAUGCUUUUGGGAGUUGCUUUAUUGGCCUCAGUUUGUGUUUCUUCUACAUCCGAUCAUGAGAACCCUUUUAUCUUUAAGUCUAAUAGGUUUCAAAGUCUUUAUGAGAAUGAGAACGGUCGCAUUCGUCUCCUCCAAAGGUUCGAUAAACGUUCCAAAAUAUUUGAGAAUCUUCAAAACUACCGUAUUUUAGAAUAUAAGUUCAAACCUCGCACUCUUUUACUUCCACAAUACAACGAAGCUGACUUCAUUCUUGUAGUCCUUAAUGGAAAAGCCAUUCUCACAGUGUUGAACUCCAAUGAUCGAAACUCCUUUAAUCUUGAAGUUGGUGACACCAUCAAACUCCCAGCUGGCACCAUUGCUUAUUUAGCUAACCGAGAUGACAACGAGGAUCUUAGAGUAUUAGAUCUCGCCAUCCCAGUAAAUAGACCCGGUCAAUUACAGUCUUUCUUAUUAUCUGGAACUCAAAAUCAACCGUCUUUCUUAUCUGGGUUCAGCAAAAAUAUUCUAGAGGCUUCUUUCAAUACAAACUAUGAGGAGAUAGAAGAGGUUCUUUUAGAAGAGCAGGAACAAGAUCCACAACACCGAAGAAUCCUUACGGAUAGGAGACAAGAGAUCAACAAAGAAGAUGUAAUAGUCAAAGUAUCAAAGGAACAAAUUGAGGAACUGGGAAGAAAUGCAAAGACGAGCUCCAAAAAAAGUGUAUCAUCGAAAUCUGAACCAUUUAACUUGAGAAGUCGCAGUCCUAUCUAUUCCAACAAGUUUGGAAAAUUCUUUGAGAUCACUCCUGAGAAAAAUCCACAACUUCAAGACUUGAACAUAUUUGUCAAUUCUGUGGAGAUUAAGGAGGGAUCAUUAUUGUUGCCGAACUACAAUUCAAGGGCCAUUGUGAUAGUAACGGUUAAUGAAGGAAAAGGAGAUAUUGAACUUGUGGGUCAAAGAAAUGAGAACCAGAAAGAGAAGAGAGAAGAAAAUGACAAGGAAGAGGAACAAAAAGAAGAAGAGAUAAGCAAACAAGUUCAAAGGUAUAGAGCUAGAUUGUCUCCCGGUGAUGUUUUUGUGAUUCCAGCAGGUCAUCCAUAUGCCAUAAAUGCCUCCUCGGAACUCAAUCUGAUUGGAUUUGGUAUCAAUGCCGAGAACAAUCAGAAAAACUUUCUUGCAGGUGAGGAGGACAAUGUCAUAAGCCAAAUACAAAGACCGGUGAAAGAAAUUGUAUUUCCUGGAUCUUCAAAAGAGAUUGACAGGCUCCUAAAGAAUCAAAAAGAGUCUUACUUUGCAAAUGCUCAACCUCUACAAAGAGAAGCUAUAGCUCACAUGAAAAAGCCAAUAUUUAAGCUUUUCUAUUAUUAG